AUGGCUAGUGAAUUCUCAAGAGGUUCUCGUUGGCAGAUUGGUGAUGGUAAGUCGGUGAAAGUGUGGGGACACCGUUGGAUCCCUAAGCCAACCUCUUUUCAGAUUUCGUCACCGGUGGUGCCUGGUUUUGCGACUGCUCCGGUGAGUGAGCUUAUUGACCCUAUAACGCACCAAUGGCGGGAAGAUUUGGUCCAUGCGUGGUUUGCCGCUCAUGAGGCCUCCUGCAUCUUGACCAUCCCACUUAGCUUCAGAGGUCCAGCCGAUCGACUUAUCUGGCACUAUGAAAAGAAGGGUGAGUUGACUGUGCGCAGUGCUCAUGAGGUGGCCCGACAGUUUCUCUUUGAGGAGACAGGGGAGGGUACUUCAGAUCGCACUCUCUUCUAUGGUGUUUCAACUAAAGUGUGGUCCCGGCUUUGGCAAGUGUGUGUGCCACCCAAGGUCAAGGUGCUUGUAUGGCGUACACUCCUUAAUAUCCUUCCUACCAAAGACCGGCUGCUAAGCAAGGGCAUUCAGAGGGAUAUGGGUAAAAAGCGUCAUCUUUACAUACAAUAA